AUGGAACCUCUAAAUUCAUCCCAAAAUAACCUAAUUGACAUAUCUGAGAAACCGUCAAGACCAGUUUUACCGCGUAUUAAUACAGGUGAUCGUAUUAAUGCAGAAGAAGAUCGUAUUACUCCUAAAAUCAUUGAACCAUCGAAUGAUAAUUAUGAUGACAAAUAUAAUGAUCCUGUUACAGUAAACCGAAAGCAAAGUCAAGGCAUAAAUUUUCUUACUUCCCAUUUAGAAGAAUUCUUUGUUACCUCACCAACUGAUUCUUCAAUUGAUAUUCCAGUACGUGACUUAAGAUUUGAUGAAGUUGACGUGGUUCUAGUAGCACUCGUUGAUCGUGAUUCAGAGAUGAGAGAAUUAUUUAAAAAGAACAAAGAUUAUUUUGAAAUGGUUAAACAUAGUAUCUUUUCUUCUGAAGAAAAUGGUGAAUGGCAAGAAUUUCUCUCAAUUCUUUACGCCCCACGUGAUCUUAUUCCAGAUUUGCAAUGGAUGAAUAAGAUUUCAGUAAAUGAUGAAAUAACUGAUUUAGUGAAUAUAACAGUUAUAAGAGAUCGACCUAAUAUAUUAGAAAAUAUAUUAAAUUCAUAUCCACAAUUCUUUAUAAACGCGCAACAAGCUUUAAGUCAAGUGAAUAAACGACCAGGAAGUGCUUUAGGUGGAAAUCAUCUAACCGAUAAUAUACCACUUCGAGAUUUUACCGAACUUAAUGGGCAUAAUCAUGAACCUCUUUAUGAAAAUGUUUAUGAACAUAUAUUAACUUGUCCAAGAAGUGAAAUGAGUGAUGAUGAAUGGGAAAUGGCUAUUUACGAGUGUUUGGAUCCCUGGCCCCAACUUGUCGCACAAUUUGAAGAAAUUGUUGCAUAUGAAAGAAAUGAUUAA